UAGUGGCGUCAGCGUGACUGCCUGCGUCAGCCUGCCCUGCCAGCCCCUGCCAGCCAGUGAACGCCGCCACUGGAGCUGCCGUAUACCCUGCAGAGAGCCUUGUUUGUGUGUGUGUGUGUGUGUGUGCGUGCAAGUGCAAGUGCAUGAGCGUACGCAGAUGGGAAAGCAACUGAGUCAGGGAGGGCUGCCUCUCAUCCCCCCGCUGUUACCACCAUCCUUCACUCUCCCUCCUCUCCGCCUCUGCUGCCAUGGAGCUCCAGCAGGCUGAAUCACAGCAGCGUCUGCACAAAGGGCUGAGCAGGUAGAUGUGCACGUGGUGCUCCACCCCGGCCCGUAUGGAGUGUGUGUGGCUGAGGAGGUGGGCACCGGGCUCCGCUGUCGUGCUCCUUCACACACUGGCCUUAUCCUGGACAGGUGCGAUUGAGCCCGCCCCCAAAAUCGAUGGACGGCACCGGGCAGCGGUGACGCUGCAGGAGAACGCGACGCACCGGUUCCACUGCCACUCAGACGGCUGGGAUCCCCGUGCUCCCCCUUUGCUGACCUGGUACCUGAACGGGCAGCAGCAGGGGGCGCCGCCACCCAACCGCGGGCGCCUGGUGAUGACGUCGCAGGGAGACGCCGAGGUCGUGAGACCGGGCACCAAUCGCAGCAGCAGCAGCAGCAGCACCUUCUCGCUGCAGGCCAGGAAGUGGGACAGGGAGCUGGUGUGUGUAGCGUCAAACCCUCGGACAGGGGAGAGCUACAACGCCACCGUCACACUCAAUGUCCAGUUCCAGCCAGAGAUCCUCGGGUUGAACGCCCACUACAGUGACGCCCCAGACCCCGGCCUCUCGCUGGUCCUCUUCGCCCUGGUGCGGUCCAACCCGCCGGCCACCAUCACCUUCGUGGACCAGUCGGGCCAGCUGGUGGCCAACGCCUCCGACUUGCUCAUCCUGGACUCGCGCAGCUACCCCUGGCUGACCAAUCACACGCUGAGGGUGACGCUCAGUAGCCUGUCGGGGAACGUCUCGCUGAACGCCAGCAACAGUGUGGGAACAGUGCAGAACAACCUCACACUGGCAGAGUUCCUGCAGUCUCGAGUGGAGGUGCCCAUGCUGGGAAUAGUGACUGGGGGAGCCAUGGCCUUCAUGGCCCUCCUCAUCCUCAGUCUGAUAGUUCUGUGCCUCAUGCAAAAAAACAAAAGCAAGUCCUUUGACGAGCCAGUGGAGAUUCUGAUGACCAAGAAAAGUUACUCUGCCAUUCUGAAGGUGGCGGAGAAAGCUGAUAAGACCUACAUCCCAAGAGAGAACAUGUCUCUGCCUUCCAACAUGCAGCUCAACGACCUCAGCACUUUGAGAAGAGCCCGCGAGGCGGCCCAGCACAACAGUGUGGGAGAGGAGAAGAAGGUGGAAGAGGAGGAGGAAGAUCUGUCUUUAGCCUACGCCGCCAGAGGUUUUGCCAGAUAUCCGAUGGUGGGCUACAUCUACAAGGCCAAUAGCACAAGCAGUGAGGAGAUCUGGCUCUGACUUACCUCAAAGUUAACACACACACACACACACACACUGUACAUGCAUGCAUUACUACUUGCAACCGUUGCAGCUGUCCAGGAGGAAACCCAGAACAACUGCCACUCGUCAUUCAACCAAUCGUCACCAGGAUGAGCAGGUCCCACAGACCGUAGGUUCGUUGUGGAGUAUUUGUAUGUUUCUGGAACCCACGUACAGUAUCGUUACACUCAGACUCGGGUAUCUACGCCCGCUCAUGUGUCGUCCCUGACGAUGGAAAGUUUGACCUCCGCAUAACAAUGUUCGUAUUAUGAGAUGCCUUCGCUAAAUGAUUUCCAUUCCUGUAACCACAACAUGCUCAUGAUGUCGUCCUCCUCCCCCGCUGCAUUAAUGGAAUGCGUUAAAUGUUCUACGCUUACACCAGAAUGUCCAAAAUAACGUACUGUGUGUGAGACUUUGACUAAUGCUACACCCAAAUAAGGUGGUACUACAUAAUUAUGGAGUAUUUAUUUGUAUAUGGACAUGUUGAGCGUUGUAUAUUUGUAUGCAUAUGUAUAUGUGUAUAAAAGGGGGGCAUCCAAAAUAAAAGAUGAUACUGAAAUUGUAUGAAGGAAA